AUGGACCUCGUUCUGUCCUUCGCCCACGAGGUUGAAGCGGCACUUGCUAAGGGACUCAAGGUCUCUCUCGCCACAGUUGACGUACAGGGUGCAUUUGACGCGCUUUUAGUGCGCCGGCUGCUGGAACGCAUGCGGAAGCAAGGCUGGCCCCUAGCCUGCCUAGAGCUGAUUAAAUCCUUUCUGGAAAAGCGGAAGGCCAAAGUCCGGCUUGAACGUGUCUCCACGGACUUCAAGGACAUCAAGUGCGGCACCCCCCAGGGCUCUCUGUGGUCCCCAGUCCUCUAUAUGCUGUACCUGGCAGAGCUCUUGCUACAAGACCCGGAGCUCCGUUUCGGGUACGCCGACGAUCUCGCCCUCUACAGGGUAUCAAAGUCACUGCAACAGAAUGCUGAGAUGCUAGCAGAUGACCUCAAGCAGGUCAUGCAGUGGGGAGACAAGAACAAGGUCUUCUUUACUCCUGAGAAAUGCAAGCUGGUUCAUAUCACCAGAAGCCGAGACAUCUCUAACCCCUCUGUGGUGAUAGGUGACCAUCUCAUUAUCGACCCUGUCCAAGAACCCGAGGAUAGCGGGAAGGAGCCAGCACUACGCUGGCUGGGGGUUUGGAUUAAUCAGAAAUUCACCUUCAAGCGACAUAUUCAGGAACGUGCUGGCAAAACCAUGCAGCUAUCCCGACAUAUACGAAACCUAACCAACACCAA